AUUCCCUCAUACAUCCGCCUGGCGCUACACGUAAACAAAGCAACGCUGCUGUUUGAAAGAAAAAGAAGGAGAGAGAGAGUGCAAAAGUUUUGAGGACUUUUUUUCUCCAUCUCUUCAGGAAGUUUUCAUUUCAGGACAAUCAUCUGCUAAACCAACAGGCUCUGCAGCUCUUUGAAAUGGAUGAUAUCCAGGUUGUCCAGUCUAAACCCCUGCUGGUUGACAGGGAGCUGCCGGGCUUGAGAGAGGCUGUGCAGCAGCUUGUGACCAAGGAGCACGAUGUGGAGACUCCUAAUGGAAGAUUUCAUUGCACAAUGAAGGGGGUUCCCAAGGGGGACAGACCAGUCAUUCUCACCUUCCAUGACGUUGGCCUGAACUACAAAACCUGCUGGAACACGCUCUUCGACCAUGAGGACAUGGCGGAAAUCAUGCAGCACUUUGCUGUGUGUCACGUCGAUGCCCCGGGGCAGCAUGAAGGCGCAAACACCUUUUCCGCUGGAUAUGAGUACCCUUCUAUGGACCAACUCGCGGAGUCUCUCCCACUGGUCUUAAAGCAUUUUGGCCUGAAAAGUGUCAUUGGCAUGGGCAUGGGAGCCGGGGCCUACAUUCUGACCAGAUUUGCUCUGGACUACCCAAAUAUGGUAGAAGGCCUUGUUCUCAUCAACAUCAACUCGUGUGCUGAGGGAUGGAUGGACUGGGCUGCACACAAGAUCAGUGGCUGGACCCACGCCGAGCCCGACAUGAUCAUCACCCACCUGUUUGGAAAGGAGGAAAUCCACCACAACCAUGAUCUAAUCGCCACAUACCGCCACCACAUCAUGAAUGACAUGAACCUGUUUAACCUGCAUCUCUUUGUCAAGUCCUAUGAAAGUCGGAGGGAUCUGGAAAUUGAGAGGCCAGUCCCUGGAAGCAAUGCCAGAACCCUCAAGUGCCCUUCUCUGCUGGUGGUUGGCGAUAGCUCUCCUGCCGUGGAGGCCGUGGUUGAGUGCAACACUAAGCUGGACCCCACAAAGGCCACCCUUCUUAAGAUGGCCGACUGCGGUGGCAUGCCCCAGGUUGACCAGCCUGGCAAGCUGACCGAGGCGUUCAAGUACUUCAUUCAGGGCAUGGGAUACAUGCCUGCAGCCAGCAUGACCCGCCUUGUUCGCUCCCGCACUGCCUCUGGCUCUAGCGUCACCUCGUUCGACGGCAACCGCUCCCGCUCCCACACCAGCGAGGGAAACCGCUCCCGCUCCCACACCAACGAGGGCAGCCGCAGCCGCAGCCACACGGCCGAGAAUCCGCACGGCCGCUCCCACACAGACAGCUCCAUGGACACCACGGCCAACAACAACGUGGACCAAGGUGUUAGCAAGUCCGCCGAAGUGUCCUGCUAAAUGACCCUCCACUCAGCAGACAUCCAAACCUCUCAAGGAUCCCCUUCAGUCUGUGCUGCGCUACCUCUAAUUCACACCUGGCCCAUGUACCUGGAAUUGUUUAAAAGAGAGUAAAAGAAAAGAAAUUAAAAAACGCACAAUACACACUCACCUGCAGAUUUCUCAGUGCAGAUGAGUUGCCCUAGUUUGGAAAUAUGUUUGAGUAAGGAGGUUGAGGUCGUGUUUAUUGAUUGCAAGCAGAAAAUGUUUGGGGCCAAAGUGUAAUUGGAGGCAACGCAGCAUUUGGGGACAUCGAAGCAGAGAAUGUCGGAGAAAGCUGUGGCUAAGAGUACAAAGAGUACACCAGCUUGUAAUAUAUCCCUCAUAAUCUUGCAUACAAAAAAAAAUUAACCUCCACUUCAUCUUUCCCUCCAACCUCAUUUUUUUUGUCCAUUUUUACCCUACUGACACAGCUUUCUCAAAUUUACCCGACUGUAAA